AUGGUGGCGAGACUUCGUCUCAGCAGGUUCAACCACAAAGCCACAAAGGAGACUCGCUGGAGAGGCUUCAAGUCAAGGAAAUUGGGCGAUGGCUACAAGCUCAUCUUCUACGGCACAUCAAACCGCAAUGUUAUUAGUGUCAUAUUGAGCGAGACGUUUAGAAACAGCGUCACAGCGGUGGAUCGACUAUCAGAUUGCCUAAUGGCUGUAAAAGUAGGCACAGGAGAAGUGGAAUUGCGCGUCUUCUCUGUUUAUGCGCCACAGGUGAGCUGGUUUAAAGAAGAGAAGGCGUGUUUUUGGGAAGAUCUGGAGCAGUAUGUCCAAUCUCUGGAAGGUGAAGAAGUACUUCUAAUCGGAGAAGACUUCAACGGAUACGUCGGUUCCCGGGAAGACGGCUUCGAGAGUCGUUAUGGAAGAUACGGCUAUGGAGCUCGUAACAACGACGGAUUCCGAAUCCUGGAGUAUGCUGUUGCAAGAUUCGAAAGUCAUCUCUACAGACUUUCGAAUCCUGUGAAAGUCGACGUCCAGCACCAUUUGCUCCUCAUGGACUUGAAAAUCUUCCGUCCAAAGGAGAGGCGUCCAAGGACACGUCAGCCUGAAGAUCGUGGUUCUUACCUAGCGACGAAGAGGGAGGCUAAGAAGGCAGUCUCCAAGGCGAAGUCCGAACGCUGCAAGGCUGUUCAGAUCCUAGAGAGGUGGCGAGAGUACUACAAUCAGUUGUGUAACGAAGAGUUCUGCUAUCCCCCAAUCCCAACUGUUCCCAGCGUCGAGGGUCUUGUUUUACCAAUUACUACAGACGAAGUCAGUGCUGACCUCGCUAAAAUGAAGUUGAACAUAGCAACCGGUCCUGAUGACAUACCUACUGACGUCUGA